GUGCCUUAUUUUGGAACACCCUGUCUACGUAACUACAGCUGGAGCUUGAAGUGGGUUACCAAAGUCGUGAAACGCCCAAUUGAGAAGUCGAUGAUCUCCAGGCAGUUUUUCCUACUUGAGCAUUCAUGCAUAGCAUCCACCUAUUGUGACUGAAAACAACGCCGACAGUUUUGUUUCGAAGCUUUUGGAUGAGGAGCAUAUCGCACUUCCCAUCAAGACAUUUAAUGACUCCCUUCCAUUCCACAGCAACAAGCCAGCCAAUGUUCCUAUCGCAGUCUCCUUCUCUCUGUCACCGACCGCCGGCAGCCCCAGAAAGAUCACCACAUCCAUCCAUCCGACCAAGACCCUUUCUACCAACCCUUAUACGAAUGAAGCGCGACAAAACGUACCCACCUACAGGUCCCUCUCCGUGGUCUCAACCUAUCGAUCCCAAACCGAGCCCUAUACGCCGCAACGGUAGGCGCCGCGCAGUGAAUCGGUAGGGCAGUGAUUCCCUGUUGUGGGUAGAGUGAGGUAGAAAGAAAGUUUGGGGAAAGGGAACCAAAGUCUGAGAGAUCUUGGAUGACCCCCGGCAUUUGGGG